CUAUUAUUAUACAAUCGCCCGCAGAAGACGCAGCUCCACAGCGCGCUAACGCCACCUGACCCAACCCAGCACAACACCGUCACCCCCGCCCUUAGCCGCUCACAGCCGCCGUGGACGAUGGGCACCCGCCUGCGCCGCCGAUCUUCUAGCUCCAGUGUCUUCUCCGCGUUGGAAGAGCCGGAGGAGGAGGACGGCGGCGAGCUCCAGUGGCCCUUCGGUCGCCUCGACACCCUUACCCGCGACGAGCUCAAGGAGACCGCCUAUGAGCUAUUCUUCACCUGCUUCCGUUCGUCCUCCGGAGGCCGCCCCCGUGAUGGAAGCGACGCGGGGACAAAAGCCUCCUCGCCCGGUCGCGGGGGCCUGACGCCGGCGACAAGCCGUGUAAAAGACGCUUUGGGUCUGAGGGCGAAGCCGUCGGUGCCUGUAAGGACUACGGUUUCGACAUCGGCGUCGGGGUCGCUGUUCGCGACGCUGCCUCAGUCGGCAAAGGGGAAGCCUCGGCCGAUGACGUCGGCGGAGAUCUUGAGGACGCAGAUGGGAUUUACGGAGCAAACCGACGGCCGUCUCAGGAAAAUCCUCAUGCGCUUUCUUGUGGGCCAGGUAGCCAAGCAAGUGGAGACAAUCAUCCUCCCUUUGGAGCUUCUUCGCCAUCUAAGGCCAGUUGAAUUUGGUGAUCCUCAUGAGUACCAACGAUGGCAACAUCGUCAGCUUAAAGUCUUGGAAGCAGGAUUGCUCUUGCACUCAUCCGUGCCUACUGAUAGACUUCACCCUGCAGGACUUCGUCUAAGAGAGAUCGUCUCUGCGAGUGAGUUCAAACCUAUUGACACCAGCAAGCAUUCAGAGGCCAUGCGUGCCUUAUGCAAUUGUGCUAUGUCCUUAGCAUGGCGUCACCAGAGUGUUGCUCCAGUGGAAGUGUGUCAUUGGGCUGAUGGAUUCCCCUUAAAUGUACACCUCUACUUGUGCCUGUUUCGAUCAAUCUUUGAUCUCAGGGAACCGACAAUUGUGCUAGAGGAGCUGGAUGAGUUGCUCGAGCUGAUCAAGAAGACUUGGACUACCUUGGGGAUUAAUAAAAUGAUUCAUGAUGUGUGUUUCACUUGGAUUUUGUUCGAGCAAUACAUUGUGACCGGGCUAGUGGAAUCUGACCUAAUGGAUGCAACAUUGGCAAUGUUGGAUGAGGUGGCAAUAAAUGCCAAGCAACUGGACAGGGAGCCGAGUUACAUGAAGGUCUUGAUGCCAACAAUGACCUCACUGAAGUUGUGGGCAGAGAAGCAGCUCUUGAACUAUCACGAGUGCUUUGACAAAGAUGUAACGAUGAUGGACAGCGUGCUCUGUUUGGCAGUCUCGGCCACAAAGAUAGUCAGGGAAGAGACAUCAAGCAUUGGAAGUGUGGGAAUGAUAGUGAAGCAUGACAUCAGGGAAGGGAGAAAUUUGUUACUCAAAAACUGUGUUGAUCAAUAUAUAAGAACUUCUGUGAAGAGUGCUUUUACCAAGGUAUACGAUCACGGAAAAUUCGAUAACAUGGUGGUAGAAGUAGAUGAGGAUCCUAAUGAUACCAUGAUAAAUCUGACAAAAGCGACAGAGAGCAUAGCCUUCGUGGAGAAGGCUAAAUACAGUCCAUUACUAAAGAGGUGGCAUCCUAUUCCUAGAGCAAUUGCUGCAGUGACUCUACACAGCUGUUUUGGUGCUGUACUGAGGCAGUACAUGUAUAAAUUCUCAUGCUUAACAAAAGAGUUGGCCAAUCUUCUAAAGAUUGCAGGGAAUCUAGAGAAACUGCUAAUUCAAAUGGUAACUGAGGAGGCAGCUGAGUCUGAAGAAGAUGGGAAGGAAAUCUUGCAUGAAAUCACUGCGUAUGGAGUGGACUCCCUCCUUUUCAAGCUUACCAAGCAUUGGGUAGAUGAUAGGCUCGGUAUGGCAAGACAAUGUAUCAACAGCGCAAAGGAGAGUGAGAAUUGGAAUCCUGUGUCCAAAUCGGAGCCAUACGCUGAGUCUGCAGUGAAUAUAAUGAACAUAACCAAGGUGACAGUGGAUGAGUUUUUUGAGAUCCAAGUAGAGCCAAAAGACACCGAAGUAGCAAAAAGCCUUGCAGAUGGAUUAGAUACUAUCUUCAAGGAUUAUAUCUUGUUUGUUGCAUCAUGUGGUUCCAAGGAGAGCUACAUACCGGCACUUCCUCCAUUGACAAGGUGCAAUCAGGACUCAAGAGUGUCCCAGCUUUGGAAGAAGGCGGCCGCCCCUUGCAGCGCCGGCGUUGUGGCCAUCGACCCCAGUAGCUUCCCCAUUCCCCGCACAGCCCACGAGGUAGGCGAUGCUCACCGCCACACCGCCAGCCGCAGCACCCAGCGCCUCUAUGUCCGCCUCAACACCUUGAACCACAUCCUUCACUACAUGGACGACAAAUCCUCCUCCUGCAAAAUUCAGAUCGAAGGCGCCCGCAGCUCCAUCCACGCCGCCAUCCUCCACGUGGCCGAGGUCGCCUCCUACCGUCUCAUCUUCCUCGACUCCGCCCACUUUUUCUACGACUCCCUCUACAUGGGGAGCGUGAUCGGCGCUCGGGUCAACCCUGCUUUGCGGGCGCUGAGCCACAACAUAGCCCAUCUUUCGGUGGUGCUCAAGGAGCCGGCGCGGGCGAAGAUGUUGCGGGAGGUGCUGCGGGCAUCUCUGGAGGCGUUCCUGAUGGUGGUGCUGGCGGGUGGCAGCGGCAGGGCGUUUUCGCGGGCGGACUUCGAGAUGGUGGCAGAGGACCUGGCGAGCUUGAAGCGGCUGUUCGCGCAGGCGUGCGCGGAGGAUGCGGUGGCGGAGGCAGCGGCAGCGGCGGAAGGGGUGGUGGCGCUGAUGGCGAUUCCGACUGAGAAGUUAGUGGAGGAGUUCAGCAUCGCGGCGUGCGAAGCCAGCGGGUUGGGAAGGUCUCUGGAGAGGGUGCCGAUGCCGCCGACGACGGGAAGGUGGCACCGCUCCGACCCCAACACGAUGCUCCGCAUCCUCUGCCACCGAGACGACGACGCUGCCAACCGGUUCUUGAGGCGGACCUUCCAGCUGCCCAAGAGGAAGUGAACCGGUCGCUCCAUCAACCGCGAUUUGCCACCGUCUUGUAAUUUCGUUGGGUUGCAUGCCCUCUUUGUAUUUGAAUUUAAUAAGUAAAGCAAAUCGAAAUGAAUGACAGACAUUAUUGU